AUGAGCCACGAACCGCGAGCAAAACGACGCAAGGUCGCCGCCGAUGAUCCGCAGGCCGUCUUCCGCUGCGAGUACCCCGGCUGCGGGUCGGCAUACCGCCGCAAGGAGCACCUGAAUCGGCAUGCCCAACAGCACACCAAGGAGCCCAGAUACUCAUGCAACUACUGCGCGCGGAAGUUUUUCCGCAGGGAUAUUCUGCGUCGACAUCUCGAGCUCCACGACGAGGACAUUGAGCUGACGAGAUCGCGGACCGCCAAAGCCUGCGACGUCUGCCGCUCCCGCAAGACCCGCUGCGACGGCAACACGCCGUGCCGCACGUGCUCCGAGAAGAGCCUGGCCUGUACCUACGGCCAGGGACGGGCCAACACUGCACCUGCCCUGGUUGUUGAAGAAAGCACCCGCAGCGACAGCGCCACGCCCACGCCCACGCAUCCGUACUUUGUCGAGAACUUCGACGACGGCCAGCUCACGCCACGAGCGCUGCUCCCGCAACCGCAAUUCGACGAUCCUACCGUGGCCGACCUGUCGUACGCCACCCAACACUUCGCUCUCGACGCCUCGAUGCUCGUCCCCAACGACUUCUCGCUCGACAGCCACACCUGGGCUAAUUUCCCCAAUCUUGCCACCAUCAGACGCCACGUCAGUGCGUACUGGCAGGUCUUCCACCCGAAGUGGCUCUUCCUCCACAAAGCGUCGUUCCGGCCCGAGCAGGAACCGCCCUUCUUGCUGCUGUCAAUGGUCACGGCUAGCCUCUGGGUGGGCGGCGGUAUUGCUGACGGCUGCGACGACCAGGCGGCCCGCGUUGUCGCAGUUGACCUGCACAGGCGGUUGAUGGUCAUGUUGUACCAGCAGCGCGACAAAUGGGACGUCAAUCCGCCGGCAGCCUGGCCGCUCGGCACCCUCCAAGGCAUCCUCAUCCACCUCAUCCUCGCCGCCUCCUAUGGCCUCCCUCUGUCCUCGCCCACCGGUUGUACCGCUGAUCCCGCUCGAAACACCCAGAAGCUCCUCGCUGACCUCGUCUGCUGCUGCCGCCGCCUGAGCGCCUUCGACUACCCCACAAUCAUGAGGCAGUUCGGCAAGCAGGACUUGGCGCUCGUGACCUGGGUCAGGGUGGAGGAGGUGAAGAGAUUGGUCGUCGUGCUGUGGAAAAUCUGCGACUGGGUGGGUGAUGGCGGAGAAGGAGCACUGUUGUCGUGGAGUGAGUUGAGGUUUCAGGCGCCGGAACCAGAUGAGCUGUGGACCGCCGAGGGCAUCAAGGAGUUUUUGGCCAGGCGUGAGAGGUGUGGGUUGAGCGGAAAGAAAUGCGACGACGAGGAGAAUUGGAUCUGCAACGUCCUGGGAGCCGGCAAUGCGGCGACACCGCGAGCCUGA